UCCCACCGUUUCCAACGGCCAUCUUUUUUCUCUCUCCUAAAGGUUCGUACAAUAAUCGCCAUUAACCUAAAUCGUCGGCUCCAGCCUUCAAAAAAAAAAAAAAAAAAAAAAAUCACGUUUCGAAUUCCCCAUUUUUUGGAACUGCUAGCUAUGGCGGAGGAUUUCGAGGCCGCGGUGGAGGAUGGGCUGCGCCUCUCUAAGAGGGUGUACUUCGGCAAGGACAGGGCGGUUGCGCCGCCGAAGCCCCCGACGGCGAUGGAGAGGGCCGCCGGGUACUCGUACCUCCCGAACUCCCCAAUGGUCUACGCCGUGAUCUCCGACCCGGCGAUCGUCGACAACCCGGACAUGCCGAGCUACCAGCCGCACGUGCACGGCAGGUGCGACCCCCCGGCCUUGAUCCCGCUCCAGAUGAACGGGGUUUCCCUCGAGGUUGAUUGCUAUCUCGACACCGCGUUCGUCACCGUCACCGGCACGUGGCGCGUGCACUGCGUCAUGGGCAGCCGCAGCUGUGAUUGCCGCAUCGCUGUUCCCAUGGGCGAACAGGGUUCAAUUCUAGGUGUGGAGGUUGAGGUGCCGAGGAAAUCGUACUCUACCCAAAUAAUCGCCGCGGAAAACGAAAAAUGUACAGAACAAAAGGUGGCGAAAAUUGAAGAUGGAGGCUUCUUAAGAGCUCAUAUAUUCACUCUUACAAUUCCACAGAUUGAUGGAGGAACCAAUAUAUCUGUUAAACUUAGAUGGUCACAAAAGUUAGUGUAUCAUGACGGUCAAUUCACCUUGGAUAUUCCAUUUAGUUUCCCCGAGUAUGUAACCCCAGCUGCAAAGAAGAUAUCUAAACAUGAGAAGAUACAGUUGAAUGUUAAUGCGGGUCCCGGUACCGAGGUUUUGUGCAGAACUAGUUCUCAUCCCCUGAAGGAGCGACUACGACAAGCUGGAAAGUUGGGUUUCUUGUAUGAAGCUGAAGUUCUUUCAUGGUCAAGCAAUGAUUUUCAGUUCGCAUAUACUGUGUCUUCAAGUCAUACUCUUGGUGGUGUACUUUUGAGUCCUCCAUUGUUACAGGAUGCAGACAAUAGGGAUAUGUUCUGUUGCUAUGUUUUCCCGGGGAAGCAGCAGAGUGAAAAGGUUUUUAGGAAGGAAGUGGUGUUUGUUGUUGAUAUUAGUGGAAGCAUGAGAGGUAGAACACUCGAAGAUACCAAAAAUGCCCUUUUCGCUGCACUCGCGAAGCUUGACCCCAAAGACUCGUUUAAUGUAAUUGCAUUCAAUGGUGAAAUUUACCUGUUUUCCUCGGCACUUGAGCCAGCAACUUCAGAAGCUAUUGAAAAUGUGACUCAGUGGAUCAAUAUGAAUUUUGUAGCUGGUGGUGGCACGAAUAUUCUGCUUCCUCUAAAUCAGGCUAUGAAUAUGUUAUCUGAUAGUUGCAACUCAAUGCCAAUCAUUUUCCUCAUUACUGAUGGAGCUGUGGAAGACGAGAAACAUAUUUGCGACACGGUGAAAACUCAGUUAACAAGCCAAAAGAACGUUUCUACAAGAAUAUACACUCUCGGCAUAGGCACAUUCUGUAAUCAUUAUUUUCUUCGGAUGCUUGCAACAACUGGUCGGGGGCAUCAUGAAAUCGCCAGUGAUGUCGAUUCCAUUGAGGUUCGAGUGAGACGGCUAUUUGCUAGAGCGUCAUCUAUCUUUCUAGCAAAUAUUGCUUUUGAGAAUCUAGAUACACUUGAUCUUGAGGUGUUUUCUUCUGAAAUUCCAGACCUUUCGUCUGAAAGCCCGUUGAUUGUGUCAGGCAGAUACCAGGGAUCUUUUCCGAAUACCCUUAAAGUUAAUGGUAUCGUUGCAGAUAUGAGCAAUUUUUCUCUCGAGCUGAAAGUGGAACAGGCAAGCGAGAUACCUAUUGCCAAGAUUGUAGCCAAACAUCAGAUUGAACAACUCACAGCUCAAGCCUGGUUCUCAGACAAUCAGGAGCUCCAGGAUAAGAUAGCGAAAAUGAGUGUCCUAAACGGUAUUAUCUCUGAACACACGAGCAUGGUCUUGCUCGAGACAGAGAGAGGGAAAACAAAAGUCGAUUCCACCACUAAGCAACAGGUUUCGAGCAAAAGCAAAGCGGAUCAACACAACAAGGCCGAAGACUCCAAACCUAAAAGAAUAUCGGUGCUGCACAACGUGGGGCUCGGUUUCGGAAAUCCAAUUGCUACAGGCGAUAAUAUUCCUCCAGGGUGUAAAGACACGAAACCAGCCGAUGCUGCAGAGGUUUUCGUAAAGGCGGCUUCUGUGUGCUGCGGAAGGCUUCUCAACCACUGCUGUUGCAUGUACUGCAUACAGUGUUGCUCUAAAAUGAACGAUCAGUGCGCGAUUGCAUUCACUCAGCUGUUCGGUGCUUUGGCUUGUUUGGGCUGCUAUGCCUGUUGCUGUGAUGGAAACGAAUGAUAAAUCUUGAUAAUUAUAUGUAUAAUUAUAUAUAUAUACAUACAGAUAUUGUAAGAAGAUUGUACGGAUUUCUAGGUGAAUCGAAGCCUAAGUUAACAUUUUGUCCAAAGCAGCAGAAAACUGUACAAUUAGUUUGUACAUUAAUUAGGACUCAUCUACAUAUUGUUAUAUCCUCUAAUAUGCCUGGGAAGGACUCAUCUACGUUGCUAUUGUUUAUUAUUACAUUGUGAUUAUAGUCUUUAAUCCUGUAUAA